AUGGCAGCAGAAUCAAUGGACAAUGCGCAGACUAUCAACAUCUUCUACACAAUCAUCCGUCGUUGCCUCGAUGAGCUCAGCUUGACUCAACUUGGUCGUCACUAUUUCAACUCAAAGGACGCCAGACACGUUCGAGAGUACAAUAUGAGCAUCCUCCUGAGAUUUGAGACUGCUAUCCGCAUUUACGAAGACCAGCUGAUGCUCUGUAUCGAGAAUCGUUUCAAGAUGGUUCGCCGAGACUCGAUGUACGACCUUGUCAAGAAGGAGAUGCAAGCAUGUCAGGGAAAUCGCCAACGAGUUCAGGAGAAGAUGAAUGAGAUGUUCGGAUGCUCCACCAUCAUCACCUUGUACAACAACAAGCUUCAUCGCUUCACAAGACUCGAUUGGAGUAGCCACGUAAGUCAUCAAGACGGUGCCGUAGAUGGGCAAAUCCCAUACAACAAGAAUACGGAAGUGAAACUUGUUCGUGAUGCUUGUGACAUGGUGACUGAACGUGUCGCCAAGCUCAGCGGCAAGGUACACAAGUCUAUCAAGCUGGCCUUCAUCUUUGUUACCAAGCGCGUCAAUAUGCGUAUCUUGAAGCAAGGAGCUACAAGAGCCAGUGCAAUCAAUCCCGAUCCAGGAACGGUCGUUGACACUGUCGUCACUCGUCCAGAGAGAAUGGACUUCUACUUGGUGCCACAGUUUGUCAACCAAGGAACUGUCACUCCAGUCUCCUACAACAUCAUUUUCGACGACACGGAACUCGGACCCGAUAAGCAUCAACAACUCGCCUUCAAGUUGUGCUAUUUGUACUACAAUUGGCAAGGAACAGUUCGUGUGCCAGCUCCAUGUCAAUACGCGCACAAACUCGCCUUCUUGACUGCUCAAUCGCUUCACGGAGAUUCAGAUGAAAAGCUUUGCGACAAACUUUUCUUCUUAGAAAACUUUAGAACUUACAAUGCUAUUGGAUCUCUUCGUUUCAUUGUUGAACAACUCGAUGGAAUCAUCUCUCAACUUGUCCAACAUCUGUCUUGUCUGCUCAUCCGUGUACACCUUCGAACUCUUCCGAUACUUUCCAUCCUCCGUCGGCAUCAGAAGAAUCACCUAGAUAUUCUUCUGAUGAAAUUCAACUUAAAUCCACAGGAAAUGCUGAAAAGAAUACCUGUGGCGCCGGCUUCUCCUCCAUCGAGUGGAUCCAAUCCCUGGCUUUGA